AUGGACAUUUUCAGCGUAAUCGUCGGCCAAGCCCCUAGACGACGAAAAGAGAAAGAGAGGAAAUCUUCGAUUCGAACAGAGAUAAUUCCUACUGUACAUAUUCCCUCUUCUAACCAUUCUCUCUCCCGUCGCCCGGAAUACUCUCUCACCCUCUCGCUAUCACAACUCCCUUAUUCUGAUUAUCUAUCUAUCUAUCUAUCUAUCUAUCUAUCUAUCUAUCUAUCUAUCUAUCUAUCUAUCUAUCUAUGUCACUCUUUCAUAUCUAUCUAUCUAUCUAUCUAUCUAUCUAUCUAUCUAUCUAUCUAUCUAUCUAUCUAUGUCACUGUGGUACUUCUCAUCCAUGUGUUAAUUAAAUAUCAAUCACACGCACUCUUUCUCUCUGUCUCUAUCUAUCUAUCUAUCUGUCUAUCUAUCUAUCUAUCUAUCUAUCUAUCUAUCUAUGUUAUUAUAUUCAUUUCUCAUCUAUGUCCCUCUAUCGAAUCAUCCAAUUCUCUAUCGAAUAUCGUUUUGCUAUUAAUUUUCCUUUCAUUUUACAUUCAUUUCUUUCUUCUUAUUUUAAUUCCCAAUCGUUUUUGCUCAUUCAUUUUUUCAUACUUUCCAAAAUUCUUUUUUCAUUAUUUUCUUUCAUUUUUCUCUGAAUCUUUCUUCUUUCAUAGCAUUAUAAUUUUAUUUCUCUUUCAUUCAUACAUUCCCCUUCAUAUUUCGUUUCCUAUCUAUCGUUUUUUUCUUUUCAUUUGCUUCCAUUUCAUUCAAACUCUUUCCUUUCUUUUCCAUUUUCUUUCUUCCUUUUUUUUUAUUCCAUAUUUCGUGUCUUUCUCAACCCUUGUUUACAGCCUUCCAUUUUCCUUCAUUGUUCGCGUUCCUUCUUUGCUUCUACGUCAUUUCUUUUACAAAAAUGUCCUCUUCAAAUACUAA